UUUCACUUCUGCUGCUGCUCUUCAGAUGAUCAGCAGACCUGCAGCAGAGAGAGAUGAGUUUCUACAGCGAUGCAUCCUCUGAAGACAUGAGCGACGAGCUGGAGACUUUGGGGUGGUACCACUAUGACCUAUCUCGUCACGCUGCAGAAGCUCUGCUCUUGUCCAAUGGGAGUGAUGGAAGUUAUCUACUGAGAAACAGUCAUGAGGGACCAGGCUGCUUCGCCCUGUCUGUCAGGGCGAAGAAUUCAGUCAAGCAUUUUCAUGUGACACGUAGAGACGGAGACGGCUACGUGUUCGGGUUUAACAAGUUUGCAACUCUUCAGGACUUUAUUAACCACUUUGCUAAUCAACCUCUGCUGGGCAGUGAUGCAGGAACGCUCAUCGUACUGAAGUGUCCGUACCCAUAUCGUGUGGAGGAGCCAUCCAUCUAUGAGUCAGUGCGUGUUCACACAGCCAUACAGACCGGACGCACUGAGAAUGACCUGGUGGCGAACGCACCGUCGCUGGGCACAAAGGAAGGCUAUUUGGUGAAACAAGGAGCAUUUGUGAAGAGCUGGAAACAGAGGUGGUUCACACUAAACAGAUAUGAAUUCAAAUACUUCAAAGACAAAGUGUGUGAGGAGCCCAUUCGAACCCUGGAUCUGAGAGCCUGCUCUGCAGUCCAAUUUGACUACUCUCAGGACAGAGUCAACUGUUUCUGUCUCGUGUUUCCUGAGAGGACAUUUUAUCUCUGUGCAAAGACUGGUGUGGAGGCAGACGAGUGGAUUAAAAUCCUGAGGUGGAAACUGUCACAGUUACGAAAAGGUCGAUGACUGCUGUCAGGGAGCAAGAGAUGUUAAGAAGCCGGACCUUCACAGAACACAUCACAUCACGGCUCAGAACUGAAGAUACAUUCCAGCAUGAAUAACACGGGGACACAUCUCCCUGAUUGUACUGAAUGGACAAUAACAACAUGGAAGUGACUCCAAUGACUUAUAUAAGUUUCUUGAAACGUUUGUUUAAAUUUUUUAUAUCAUUUUUUACUUUGCUGUAGAUUUUAUUCUUUAGAGGAUCAGCACUUAUUUAAAUAUAAGGAAAGUGUUGUCCUAUAUUUUUGAUGAAAAGACCUGGCUUCUCUGCUCUGGCUAUGGCACAGAGCCCAUUAGUUCCUACUGAAGAUGUAAAUCUUUAUCAGCAGAUCAACAAAUUUUUAAGACUCAGUAAAAAAACCAAACUGCUGAUCACUGUAGCCUUUAACAGACGUUUCUCGAGAUGGAUAAUAGUGCAUUUUUUUGGGGAUUUCUUUCAAUGGAUUAAUUCACAUUCAUCUCUGGUGAGUAUUUCUGGCAGCAGGACAGUGUGUGUGAGAUUAAGUUACAAUGGUGAUGAAGGAACAUGUGCCCCAGUUUGGCUCACUGAUGUUUUUUUAAUAGUUUUUGGACAACAUGGAGCUCUAUGACACAGAGGAAUAGAAUAGCAGGCUUCGAUACACAAAAUGGGUUAGUAGAUCAGUGCAUUGUUAGUUUGUGAUGUGUUGACAAGAAGAAAUAAUAUAGAAAACUGAUGAAUACUACAUGAGAACUUAGAGAAGAAUGAUGAAUGUAGUCGUUUAUGGACAUGAUUUUAAA